AUGGCCCAGAAUCCGGAACCCCCUGCAAGCAAUUACACAGAAGACAUUGAUAAACUUGACCUUGAUCAAAUGAAUCUCACGGAGACCACGAAGCGUGACUAUAAUGCUAAUGAUGUUAUCAUUGCCUAUAGCGCAAGUGAUGCGAGAGCCUGGCAUCCGUUAAGCCCCGAGCUCACCACAUUAUUCGAGGGUUGGACAACACUCUCCUGGGAGCUUCCAUUGGAUCUACCGGGAUUUACUGGUGCCCUCAUGCCAAUUAAAUUCACACCAUGGAUCUCUGGUGCUCACCAAAGGGAAUGUAUCUCCCGCGACGAACCAGAAAACAUUAUUCCCCUGCAGUAUUCCAUGGUCUUAAAGAAGCUUGAAGGUUUUCAACAACAUGGUGCAGACGAUGGAGAAAUAUUCGAUGACAUGGAAGCGCCAGCUAGCUUCGUAGACAUUGCAUUUCAGGAACUAUACGAGGCAGUGAGAGCUUCAUAUGAUAUGUCUCCCGAGCUUCCUAGUGAUGCAAUUCUCAUGUAUGGCAUACAUCUCGCCGCCGCCGUUUGA